AAUCGAUAAAAAAGCUCAGGUCACUAAGAACUCGACAAUGAGUCUCCGAUUAACGCCCGCCCCCCAAGCCCUGCCGGCGAACAAGCCGCCGUCGCCCGUCCGGCCGGCCCUCAAGCUGGCGGUGCGCCUGAACCCCGACGGCGCGCCGCUCGUGCUGCCGCCCGGCCACGUGCCUGGGUUUGCUGGGUUUCCGGGUCCCGCGGGCCUGGCGCCGCCCCAGAUGCCCCACGCGACCGUGAGCCUGCCGACGAGCCCGACGAACGUGGCCCUGACGCCCCCCGUCGAAGCCCGGUCGCCGCCGCCGCCGCCUCAAGCCUACGCGCCGCCGCCGCCGCCGGUCUUCCCGCAAGUGGAGGGCUCCACGCCCCAGGGCUACUACCUGCCGCCCGAGGCCUACGAUCCACCCAAAGCCUACGUGCCGCCGCCGCCCCAAGCCUGCAUGCCCUACGCGCCGCCGGCGCCCGUGCCGCCGCCGCGGCCGGCCUACGUCUCGCCGCCGCUCGGCCAGUUUCCUAGAAAUGAGCACGGCAAGUUCCUCUGCCCCGCCGGCUGCGGCCGGACCUUCGCCCACCCGCCGGGCGCCGUCGCGCACGGAAAGACGUGCGCCGUGCGGCAGGCCGAAGCCGCGGCGCGGCCGCGGCCGCCGCCCCGAGCCUACGCGCCGGCCGCCAUCGAGCCGUCCUUAGAUGGUAUUGGCCGAAUUGUCGCUGCGCCCCAAGCCCACGCGCCGCCGUCCCAAGCCUACGCGCCGCCGCCCGCCGCGCCCACAACGUCGCGGCCGCUCGCCGACGUCGAGUUCGUGAUCCGCGAGCCGUCGAGCCCGCUCCCGGCGGGCGCGUUCGGCUCGGGCCUGCAGCAUCCCCGCGACGUCGGCGCCGCGCGCUCUCUGAAAGUGCUCCCGAAGCGCCACGCGAUUAACGGCGAGGCGUCCCGCGGCAUCGUGACGCACCGGCCCUACGCCGCCGCGCCGCCGCCGGCGACCGACUGGGACGCGCCCGCGCCCUACAAGGGCAACCUCGCCAUGCUCCUCCAGGCCAUGAUCGCCACGGAGGACGGCCCCGCCGCCGCGCUCGCCGCGGCGAUGAUGGCCGAGACGAACACUCCUAUGGCACCUCCUGAGGCGCUCGUCGCCUGAUUUCCCCCUGACAUCCCCCGACCAUUGCUUGCUCCGCGCACCGACGUGCGCGGCUAUCACAGUGUGUUUGUAACAGUACCUUGACUGUCA